AUGGCUAUGAAUCAAAUUAAAGGCCACAAUAUCUAUGUCGGAGGCAUAUUUAGCCUCAAAAACAAAGCAGCACUGGCACGCGCAGACAUUUCGCAUGUUAUCUCUGUGCUACGUCUCAACCCAGCCGAAGAGCAGGAGAACUUUGAGUCGUUUCAGCAUCUUUCCAUAGGUGUUGACGAUGUCGCGGAUGACAAUCUACUGGAGCAUUUCCCUGCCGCUAUCAAGUUCAUUCAGUCUGGUCUAGACACCGGCCGUGGUGUACUCGUGCACUGUGCGAUGGGGAAGUCCCGCUCCGCGACUAUUUGCAUCGCCUACUUGCUCCACCGGCAGCCGGGGGCUCUCACACCGCAAUCUGCUCUUGCGCUGGUCCGCGAGAGCAGGCCCCUCUGUGAGCCGAAUGAAGGUUUCAUGGAGCAACUUGAGUUGUACCAUGAGAUGGGCUGCCCAGAUGAUGUCACAGACCACCCAGUGUACAAGCGUUGGCUUUAUCGCCGCGAUGUCGAAGAAAGUGUGGCGUGUGGUCGUGCCCCAGAGCUGAAAUCGGUGCGGUUCGAGGACGAACUGCCUGUCAAGCCUGAAACCGCCACCGGUCCAACCAUCGAGAUCAGAUGUCGGAAAUGCAGAACCAAAUUGGCGACGUCUGCAUUCGCUAUCCCCCAUGAACAAGAGAAAAGAAAUACUGCCAAGUCUUCAGCUACUGCCGAAUGUGGUCAUGUCUUCCUCCACCCUCUGACCUGGAUGCGCCCAAGUCUCUUCCCAUCGGAGAACGAGGCUGAAGGUGAACGGGAUACAACUUAUGGUGCGCAUCCGGACGAUGCUCCUCUCUCUGGGCGUCUCACUUGCCCCAAUCCAGUGUGUGGGUCCAAUGUCGGCAAAUUUGCAUGGCAAGGCCUUCGAUGCAGCUGUGGUGGAUGGGUUGUGCCCGCCAUCGGUCUUACCAAAGCCCGCGUCGAUAUGGCGAAGCAGGUCGUAUCUCAGGGCCCACGAGCGAACCCUGCCAUCCGCCUUCCUCCGGGAAUGCGAGUCCCGGAAGCCAAUAGCACAGGCCGUGGCAAUCUUUGA